CCAGGCUUCUGCCUGCAACCCCAAUACCGUCAUUUAUUGACCGAAAAAGCCUGCCUCCUAAAGCUGCCUCUUUCAAUCUUGAGAGACUGUUUCCACUAUGAAAGAGUUGAUCGUACACGAGCCUGGAAAGCAGCGAUGAAAGGGUUAAACACUGUAUCUUUCAGGAUUUGUCUGAAACGGACUUGA